UAAAGGAAUUCGACCUAAAAAAUGUCAGUUAGGUCAUUCAUUAUAGCCCAUUGUAGUAUCGAUUUCCCCAAAAAUAUGAAAGUUAUCAAUCACAUUCGUUUCAAAGUCUGUAUAGAAAAACAAACAAACUUAGAUACAGUUACAUUGUACACAAAUGGCAGAAAUGGAGGUGAACAAAAUUAUUGAUUAUUCACAGACCUUAUGUCUAGGUGUUCCAUCAAGAGUAUUGCAAGCCACUGAAAUUCACAUAUAAUGACAUCUGAGUCUCACCUUCCGAAAACUUGCCAGACAGGCAGACACCAAAUGGAACAUGCUAGAAUGGUGUCCUUCAUGUCGGAAAUUUGAGGAAGGAAAGGUAACAAAACUUAUGAAGAAGAAAGGAACAUCCAUGGUUUUGGUUGAUAGUGCAGGGGCUGGUGAUAUAGUAUCUAUGACUGGGUUGGUAACUCCAUCAAUCGGCCCCACAGUGGCAAGUGUUGAGGCAAAUUACCCAACCAUUAAGCGUAUUAUUACCCCUCGAAUUUCUCUCACCACAACUGAACACUUGGCUUAUGAAUGUGGGAAGCAUGUUCUGGUUAUCCUAACAAAUAUGAGUUCUUACGCAGAUGCUCUUUGUGAGGAAAAUGACCCAACCAUUCAGUGUAUUAUUACCCCUCAAAUUUCUUUCACCACAGCUGAAUACUUGGCUUGUGAAUGCGGGAAGCAUGGUCUGGUUAUCCCAACAGAUAUGAGUUCUUAUGCAGAUGCUCUUCGUGAGAAGUUCUCAACAAAAGAAGCCAAGAAGUGGGGAUUCUGUUCCAUAAACAUCAUUUAAAGAAGCUGAGCAGCGCAGGCCCUCUCCUAUUCUUGAUCUUAUUUUUGUAAAUGACCUUCAAGUGUGAACAAAUAUUACCUCGAGUAAGAAUUCGGCGAAAGCUAUGUUUUCUGGGUCGCACUGAUCAAGACGCAUAUUCUUUGUAAGCGUCAGAACUGUUAUAUCAUUCCAGAGUACGGAGCUUCUAACACAUGCUCCUACGACAUCUGCACGGCCUCCAUUUGGUAUAACUGGUAAAGUUUGGCGGAAGUCUCCCCCCAUAACAACGGUAAUACCGCCAAAACGUAAUCAUCUUAUUUAAAAGUAAAUUGCAUGUUUUAAAGCAUUGGAGAAAUACCUGAUGAUGCAACAGUAAGAACUAUGUCGCCAUUGAAUCGGCAGGAUGCAGCUACCGUAUUAUAUACGAAAGUUUUCCCCGUCCCUGCGCUUCCAUUCAGGAAAAAGUUGUGGAGGAUUGUGCACUGGUUGGACCUAUAUGAAUGUUGCUCUCCACUUCUGGUGAAUUCAGCUGCAAUAAAAGAAAGGUUUUCCUUUGCUUGGUUGAACGUCCGACGGGGGUGAAUUCGAAGGUGUUCUGAAAUAUAUUUUUUUAGGUUUAACAGUUGAUACUUGAUAUGUUAAUUGGUACCAGAUAUGAAAUACAAAGAUUAUACAUAAUUAGUUUAAAAUAUGCUAAUUGGUACCAGAUAUGAAAUACAAGAAUUAUACGUAUCUCAUAUUGAUCAGACAAAAAUUAUUGAUCAGACAAAAAUCGAUGAUGGAUAUCUCUUUGUUGUAGUGAAAAUCCGCAUAAGGUUUUAUAAAUA